AUGAAGGCUCUAAAAAUGAACAACGCUGCCAAGUUGGAUAAGGGUAAAGGAAAGGAGGUCCUUAUUGAGCCUCCUAAGCGAUGGAUUCCAGUUCAGAGAGAUCAGAAGAGGCAACACGAUGCUAGCACAUCUAGAGUUCAGAUUCCGCUUUCUGUGUCCACUGUCAUCACAUCAGUCCCAUUACCUACUGGCACUAGCUCACAUGCUCAGACCCAGCCAUCUGUUCCUCCAAUUGCUCCUCCCUCUGCUACAGCCUUACCAGUUAUCAGUGUUGUAGAUCCAGUUACAUCUACCACUCCUUCAGCUCCUGCUCAGGCUAUCAGUCCACCUAUCACUCCAUUUUAUGAUCCUAUGUUGGAUGAGAUGUUAAAGAGGCCACAGACACAGAAUUCUACAGCAGACACAGUCAGCAGAGCUUCUUACAUUCUAGGCCCGACACCGGGUAGGGCUCAGGCACCUAUUUCCACUUCUUCUCCUCCUGUUUGUCAUCAGAAUGUGGAGGCAUCUAUUCCAUCUUUGCAGUCAGCGCAUUCAGACACAGAGGGCUCACCUCAGAUUGAGGUUCACCAGCAGGGACCUUUUCGAAGAUCUUCUUCUGAUGACUUGGUGGGUUUGGAUGAGAGGACAGAGGAAGAUGGAUUUAUCCCAGUUGUUCGGAAGAGACACCCACGGGCUACUGAUACUCCACAUCCGAGCAGAAGGAUCACUCGGAGUCAGUCACAUGAUACCUCCUCACAUUCUCCUUCCCUAUGA